AUGAUCUUCCGAAACGAAUCUGCCAUGGCACUAAGAAACACUCUUACUUCCAGGAAAUUACGUAUGAAAAAUCUUCCUCAAUAUUGCACUGAAUGCAAAAAGGUUGGACAUAGAUUGAAGGAUUGCCGGCAUGCCGAUGAAAAAACUAAAGCGUAUUCAUCAGGUUUGACAGUACAGGAAAAGGAGAAUAUAUUGAUAGAUAUUGAAAAUAAAAACCCGAUCACUAUUUCAAACUCCUCAGCAAAAAGAAAUGUAUCAAAGGAACAGUUAAGUGCUCUUCUGGAAAACAGCAAGAGCGAAGAACCUGUAAGCAUGGAUGGGAAGAUGAAGAGCCACAAAAGAAUUCUAAUUAAAGACAACGGCCAGAAGCAACCCGUCGCCGAAAUUCCGCAGGUAAAGUUGCCUGACAGAUUUGCUGCACUAGAGAAUUUGCAGGAUGAUAGUGUUUUGGAAGCUGGUCACAAUGAUGAAGUAGAAGUUCUUGAUUCUCAAACGGAACGAACAGAAAAGGAUGAUGAAAUAGAUUCCGAAACAGAAAUGGUCUAUGCGGACAAUCCACUUGAGGAAGAAAGAGUAGCUAUCGCAAUUUCUGAGGCUGCUCAUGAUGAUCUUGGAAUUGGGAUGAAAUCAGCUACAGAAGAUCACCACUAA